AUGGCCAUGUCGAAUUCGAGCAAGCCCAAGCGCAGUGUUUCGAGGAAGAAUACAGUGCGGGUUUACAAAAAGAGGAAGGUUGAAACGCCUCAGCCCACUGUCCUGCCCCAAAAUGGAGUAGUCGGUGAGGCUGCUGGAACUCCUGAGAUAGCGAACGGUGGGGACACGAUUACUAGUACUAGUGAUGCUUUGGUUGGAAAAAGUGCACAUACGAAGGUAUGGGCGGAAAAUGUGAAACUUGCGAAGGUGGAUGCCACAGAGGAGAAUGAACUGGCGGAGAAGUAUGAAGCUCAAGGGUAUCCUACCGUAUACUUCUUUGUCGAUGGGGAACAUAAACCUUAUUCUGGUCAACGAACGAAGAGAAGUGCAAUGUGA